GCCCCCGCCUGUACCUGCGGGAAACGCGCCCCUCCCCCGGUGACGUCGCUCCAGCGGUUUGUCCUCGCUGGUGAACACCGAGCCUGGGGUUGAGUUCUGCACCGAUCUGCUUCUGAGGAGGAGCUGUCAAAAGUUUCACGAGAGCGGAGGAAACCUUACUCUUUUCCUACAAGUCUGUUACAACUUUUGGACGUGCGGAUAAAAAGCGGAAUAUCGUGUUUUGUUGGAAUGGAAUGACACCUUUACACCGGGAGCGCGUCUGAGUAAACUUCACGAUGGCGACCAGUUUUCUUCAGUGGUUCACUCUCACCUCCUUGGUCUUGUUUGGUUGCUGUGUGCUUGCUGAAAAGAAAGUUUGCCAAGGCAUCACUAACCGGUUGAACCUUCUUGGCACCAAAGAUGACCACUACCAGAACAUGGUGAAGACCUACAGCAACUGCACUGUGGUCCUGGAGAACCUUGAGAUCACCUACAUGGAGGAGCACCGAGACCUGUCCUUUCUGAGGUCUAUUGAAGACGUUGGGGGCUACGUUCUCAUAGCGAUCAACACAGCGUCUAGGAUUCCUCUGGAAAACCUGCGCAUCAUUCGUGGUCACAGUCUCUAUGGAGAUGGCUUUGGUCUUGCUGUUUUGGGAAACUACAAUAAAAGUUUAGGACGAGGAACUAGUGAGCUUCUCUUAAACAGCCUGACAGAAAUUCUCAAAGGAGGUGUUAAAUUUGAGAACAACCAGCUCUGUAAUGUGGAGACGAUCCAGUGGUACGACAUUGUGAACGCUGAAGCAAAACCCAACAUGGUGCUCCCCAUGGCCAGCAACAAGCGAAACUGUAUAAAAUGUGACUCAAGCUGUUUCAAUGGUUCGUGCUGGGCUCCAGGUCCUCAGAACUGUCAGACUUUUACAAAGCUGAACUGUGCACAGCAGUGUUCAAAGAGGUGCAAAGGGCCUUCUCCCAGUGACUGCUGUAAUGAACACUGUGCUGCCGGCUGCACUGGACCCAGAGCCACUGACUGUCUGGCCUGUCGGGACUUCCAGGACGAUGGGGUGUGUAAGGACUCCUGCCCCAGACUCAUGCGCUAUGAUCCCAAUUUGCACCAACUGGUCCCCAACCCACAUGGCAAAUACAACUUUGGGGCGACUUGUGUCAAGAACUGCCCACAUAACUAUGUGGUGACUGACCAUGGGGCGUGUGUGCGGACGUGUAGUGGUAACACUUACGAGGUGGACGAUGGAGGAAUCAGGAAGUGUGCCAAGUGUGAAGGCCUCUGCCCCAAAGUGUGCAAUGGCCUUGGCAUGGGAGAGCUCGCUCAUACUUUGUGCAUCAACGCCACCAACAUCGAUACUUUUAGAAACUGCACCAAAAUCAAUGGCAACAUCAUUUUCAUCCACACCUCAAUUCAUGGCGAUAAAUUUACCAAAACGCCCAAAAUGGACCCUGCUCAGCUUGACGUCUUCAAAACUGUCAAGGAAAUCACAGGAUAUCUGUGGAUCCAGACAUGGCCGAAGAACAUAAACUCACUCAGUCCCUUUAAGAAUUUGGAGAUCAUCCGGGGAAGGACUAAAGCAAGUGGCAGCCGCAGUCUAGCUAUUGCCCAGCUGGACAUUGAGUAUUUGGGACUGCGGUCGCUCAAAGAAAUCAGUGAUGGGGAUGUGGCCAUUAUGAAGAAUCAAAAUCUUUGCUACACAAAAGAAAGCCACUGGUCGCACCUCUUCAAGUCAAAAAGCCAAGCAGUCAACAUAGACAAAAACUCAGAUGAAGCCACAUGUGCCUUGAAGAACAACACUUGUGACAGGAAGUGCACCACAGACGGCUGCUGGGGCCCAGGUCCUGAAAUGUGUUUUGCCUGUCGUGAUUUCAGCCGGGACGGGAGCUGUGUGGACAACUGUAACAUUCUGGAGGGAGAGCAAAGAGAAGUCGUGGUGAAUAAAACCUGCGCAGCAUGUCAUCCCGAGUGUCUGCCAAUGAACGGGACGGCAACCUGCAGUGCACCUGGAUCGGGAAACUGCACCAAAUGUGCCAACUUCAAAGAUGGCCUGUUUUGUGUGGCCCGCUGUCCUCAGGGCGUGCCAGGCGAGGGCGAUACACUGGUGUGGAAAUACGCCGACGAGAUGAAAGUCUGCCAGCUCUGCCACAAGAACUGCACCCAGGGGUGCACUGGACGUGGUCUUGAGGGCUGCCAGACCAAAAGUCUGUCUGGCAUGUCCAUGAUCACUGCUGGAGUCGUUGGAGGGCUGCUGGCUGUGCUGAUCGCUGGUUUGUCUGUUUUUGUGUUGCUACGGCGACGGCACAUCAAGAGGAAGAGGACCAUGAGGAGACUGCUGCAGGAGAGGGAGCUGGUUGAGCCUUUAACACGCGGAGAAGCACCCAACCAAGCCUUACUACGAAUCCUAAAGGAAUCAGAGUUUAAGAAAAUCAAAGUACUUGGAUCUGGGGCAUUCGGUACAGUUUAUAAGGGCCUGUGGGUUCCUGAGGGAGAAGACGUCAAGAUCCCAGUGGCCAUUAAGGUUUUGAGGGAAGCCACAUCACCAAAAGCAAAUAAAGAAAUCCUGGAUGAGGCGUACGUGAUGGCGAGCGUGGAGCACCCGCAUGUGUGUCGUCUGCUGGGCAUCUGUCUGACCUCCACGGUGCAGCUGGUCACUCAGCUCAUGCCCUUCGGAUGUUUACUCGACUACGUCAAAGAGCACAAGGACAACAUCGGCUCCCAGUACCUGCUCAACUGGUGUGUGCAGAUCGCAAAGGGCAUGAACUACCUGGAAGAGCGACACUUGGUUCACCGUGACCUGGCAGCGAGGAAUGUUUUGGUGAAGACUCCGCAGCAUGUUAAGAUCACUGAUUUCGGCCUGGCCAAACUCCUCAAUUCAGAUGAGAAGGAGUAUCAUGCAGACGGAGGCAAGGUACCAAUCAAAUGGAUGGCUCUCGAAUCGAUCCUAAACCGGACCUAUACACACCAGAGUGAUGUGUGGAGCUACGGUGUGACUGUUUGGGAGCUGAUGACUUUUGGAACAAAACCAUAUGAUGGGAUUCCUGCCAGUGAGAUCGCUGGAGUCCUGGAGAAAGGAGAGCGCCUCCCCCAGCCCCCUAUCUGCACCAUAGACGUCUAUAUGAUAAUGGUCAAAUGUUGGAUGAUUGAUGCAGAUAGCCGGCCCCAUUUCCGUGAACUCAUUGCAGAAUUCACAAAAAUGGCCAGAGACCCUCCACGUUAUCUUGUUAUACAGGGUGACGAGCGCAUGCACCUGCCCACCCCCUCAGAUGGCAGACUGUUCCGCAGCUUGAUCAGUGGCGAGGAGAUGGAGGACGCAGUGGACGCAGAUGAAUAUUUACUGCCCCAAAAUGGCUUCUUCAGCAGUCCCAGCACAUCACAGACUCCACUGCUACAUUCAACGAGUCUGAACAGUAGCAUUGGGCCAACAUGUAAUGGAAGGAAUGGUUUACUGAACGGGUUACCGAGCCGAGACGGGAGCCUAGUUCUGCGGUACAUUCCUGAUCCCACAGACAAGUUCCUGGACGGAGCCUUCCAGCCAGCUCCAGACUACAUAAACCAGAAUGGAGUCUCAGACGUGAUGAACCCCAACUACCAGCACCCUGGUCCCCCUCGCAGCCUUCUCUCCCCGAUCCCCUCCUCCUCCUCUGAAGACCCGGAGUCUGAGUACCUAAACUGCUUUAAGACCGAACCCUCUGGUCCCGAAUACCUGAAUGAAAUCGCUGCUCCACCCCCUUCUAUCACCUCAAAUGGGACACCCCUUAACUACUACACCCAAAAAUACAAUCCACAAACAAGCAUGGAUAACCCAGACUAUCAACAAAACUUUGUACCACUGUUUAAGACUCACACAAAUGGACAUGUCCCUGCAGCGGAAAACGCAGAGUACUUGGGACCAGACUGAUUACCAUAAAUGGGUGUAAAAAGACUAUUACCUGUCCUGUUAAGAAGGCUUUAUCAUAUGCUGGAAAAGCUCUUCUGGUUAAAAGUAUCUAGCCUAUUUAAAAAGGUGACAUUUUGCCUUAUGGGUGGUAUCUCAUGGCAACCACUUUUACAAGUAGAGGUGGUUAAAUGAUGGCUUGUUAUGAUGCAAGCCAAUCAGACUGAAAAUUAUGGGACGCCCAGGCUCAGUCCCAUUAAAACUAAAUGGAUAGCCUCCUGCAUUUACACACUAUGACCCAUUUCAAAGGCUACUUGACCAACACUUGAGAUGGUACUGGCAGAAGAUAUAAUCAACAUUGUACUUGAUGAGUAAUAAAAAGACACUUGGAUUAAAUAGUGGUGAUGAAAAGCCUAUGGUGCAAUGCAAAAGACUAUAGCAGAGAGCCUGACGACGCUCCCCUUAGUGGACGAAGAGGAAAAUGCAGUGUUGGUCUAAAGACUGUCAAGAGGAAAACUGGUGAAUUAUAGAGCUAUAACGGGGCGGGCAUUAUGAUCACAGAUGGCAAAAGUAAAAGGAUUUACUCAAACCAUAAUUUGCGUUAGUUGCUUUUAUAUAUAGGGCUGCACGAUAUUGGGAAGGACUUUGAUAUUAUCUACUACGUUAAUGUACUUUUUGGCAAAAUUAAUUUCAGUUAUAAUAAAACAGAAACUACAUGCUGUAACUCACUAGUGAAACUCAAAAUAAAAACUUAACAGAGACAAAACCAAGGCUAAAUCUUAUUUUGGACUUAAAAUCAGCUGUAUUUAACAUUAAUUUUAAAAAAAAAGUUUGUUACUUGUAUUGCAAUAUAUUCAGUUUGUUGUGAUUUUGAAUAUUGUGUUAGCCAAAGUUGCAAUAUCAAUACUUUUGCAAUAUAUUGUGCACCCCUUACUAUUCUCACUAUUUUGCGCUCAAAAUUGACAUGUUAGACAGUUAGAACUAGGAGAAAUGGGAAAGCGUAAAAUAUAAAAGAGUUUGACAAGGACCAAAUUGCGAUGAUAACUUCAGCUGUUGAGGUCUGCAAUGGUUGGUAUUUGUCAAAACAGAUUAAAAGAAAUAGCAGAAUUUGAAAGGUUGUGUGUAUGGUGAAUGAAGGUGGUUGUACUGUUUUGCCUGAUUGAUGUAAAUAGUUAUUUUCAAGAAUAUUUUGUAUUAUGCCCAGUGUCCCUUAUAUGUGAUAUUGUUAUAUAGUAAGAAUGUACAGGUGGUUGUAUCAAAUGUGAUAGCAGUUGCCACACUGCUGUUUUUAUGUUUCAUAAUGUCAGCACACUUGUAGCAUCUGUACUCGGCCUAACUGCGUUGAUCCACAGUAGUGCUUAUCUCUCGGUGUUACUCAUUUAAAAGCCUUGGUCGGCAAAUCCAGUAUCUACCACAGAUUACAUAUACAGUUCUAUUGUAAAAGCUUGAUCAGUUUAACCAAUGGACAUAUUGAUUUUCCAGAAAAUGUUAAAGCAACAUUUUGUAAACUUUCAGCACUUUCAGCUUCUUUUAGGUGACACGGUGCAACUAUGUCCAACAGAUUAUUUAGGUUCUGCUAUCAAUGGGUCUCAGAGUGGUGAAAAGUUAAAGUUGGCGAUUAGUGAUGCCCUCAAAAUGGCACUUAUAACAUGAAAAAAAAAAAAACAAUAAGCUAAGGACACCACAAUAAGUGUAAGUGUGUUAAAAGUUAGUCGUUGCAACCAGAUUUUUUUAAACUGAUGAAAGAGAUGAACAGUCAAUAUGUUUUCCCCACUGAUAAAUUGACAACUUGUGUAUAGUGUUUUUAAAAAAAUCAAUCUUUGGCUCCUUUAUUUAACGUAGAAAUGAUCAUUAUCUUAUCAGCUGGAGACAAAAUAAUGUUUAUGUGCUGGACAAGUAGUUACGCAAAUGUAGCUGACCACAAUUGUAGUUUAUGUCACUUAUUCAAAGUAAAAUUUAACAAAGAAAUUGACAGGUUGGUCAUUUUUGGAUUUGCCGAGAUAUUUCCAAGAAUAGAAUCAAGAAUCUGUCCGGAAUAUGUUUUGUCAUUUUGAGUUAUUAUUUUUAUAAGAAUUAUAUCAGUUUAGCUUCAUGAUCACAAAAUUAGUUAAACCAACAAAAUAUAAAGUACUGGUUCCAUAAUAAGGAGAUGCAUCAGUUAUAUAAUACUUAAUAAAAUUGCCAGUUUUUCGCCGUUAUAUUACACAAAAAACUGUGGCCAUUCCUUUGUCUGUAAAAAUGUGUACAUAUUUCUUACACCAAAUCUUCAAACCUGCAGCUUUAAAGUCUUGUAGUUUUGCAAGAGUUUAAUCUUUUUACAUAUAUAUUUUUAUUCCUAGUUUUAAAGGAAUAUUGUAAUGUUGUAGCAAGCUCAAUAAAGAGUGGACUUGUGCAGGUUUGACACAGGUACAUGUACAGAAGUAGUGAGUGAACAUGUAAUAUACCAACAAAUAUAGUCACUUAUAAAUUAUACUUUAUUCAAUCAUACAGUUUUUUUUCCAGUUGUGAAUACACACUUUUUUCUGAAAUGUAAUAAAUUCUGUCAAAUAAAUGUUUUUU